GUUGCCCCGUGAGGUUGCCCCGUGAGGUUGCCCCGUGAGGUUGCCCCGGUGCUCACCCCCAGAAUCUGUGUGCCCCCCACGGGAAGGGAUGAUGGCCAGCGAUCGAGAAUAACAACGGAGUAGCGGGCGAAGGGGGUAACGCGUGCGAACGCACGUCCGUCGCAGAGAUGGAGCAACGAAAUUGGCUCGGUCGGACACUUUGAGGAUUCCUUCAUCCAGCCGUGCAUAGAUCAUGACCAACGAUGACUGACUGACGACGACGACGAUGACGACGAUGACGACGAUGAUGACGAUGAUGACGAUGAUGAUGACGAUGAUGAUGUGUCACGUGCAGACGAGCGUGGCCGUCACGCUGCUGCCGCCCUCCGCCGUGUCGCACGCGGACGACCUCGCGGCCUUCAUCGCGCACGUGAACGUGCUGCGCACGCUCGAACACCCCAACGUGCUGCGCUUCUACGGCGUGGUGCUCACGCAGCCCCUCACCAUGGUGAGCGAGCCGGCGCCCCUCGGCUCGCUUCGGGACGCCCUGCGCCAACGCCGGUGCAACCGCCCUCCCCCCGCGAGGCCGCCGCCGCCGCUGCUGCUGCGCCUGGCGGCGCAGGUGGCGGCGGCGCUGGCGUUCCUGGAGGGUCGCGGCUGCGUGCACCGCCUCCCCGCGGCUCGCCGCGUCUUCCUGGCAUCCGGCGGCGAGCUGGCCAAGCUCGCCGUUCCCGAGGCGCCGUCGCGGCCCCGACCGCGCUGCCCGGCGCCGUGGGGCCGGCGGCGGCCGCUCCCGUACGGUUGGUGCGUCGUCGCUCGCCCCCCCCCCCUCCCCGAGUUGCCGUAA